UCAAUCUUCUUCGCUUAGGAAAGCAGGCUACAGAAUGAAAAGAUGAAGCUCGUGACUAGGCCUGCUCAACUGUGUUCAUCAAGGAGCUGUGAAGGAAAGCGUGAGGGGAUCUAUCUCGUUGGAGGAUCUUUUGGGCUCCGGGAAUUUGCUCAGAUAAGAUACGAUGUUCACAAACGACAUGGCAAGGUUGAUCCAGCUUUGAAAGAAAAGUUAAAACAGAACCCUGUGACACUGGAAUCUGAAUAUGAGAAGCUGGAAAAAUCCAACUUGGAUAACUGGGAGAACAUCAGAGGACCCAGUCUGUGGGAAGAUUCCAGGACGGUUCAGAAACAACGGCGGGAAGCUCUCCGUCUCAAGACAGAGUGACUGAGAAAGCUGCCUUUGGUGCCUCUGGGAAAAAAAGUCUCAGGCUGGACUGUCUUAAUUUUUAAUCCAGUGUCAGGAACAGACAUGGGAACAUUUGCACUGAACAAUUCAGCUGGUGUAUAUAUAAGUAACUGUGAGAUCAGUCCAAAAAGCAUUGUAUUAUAAGAAGCUCUUUGUUUGCAUCCAUUUGUGCAGAGUACCAUAGGCUGUAUAUGUGAAUUUUCAAUUAAAAAAAGCUGAUUAUUCUACUGAGAAUAUCCUAUUGUUUUUCAGUCUCUAACAUUCAAAACUGCUUCAGCACGGAAUAACAUUUCAAGAGUCACUUGUCAGUACCAGAAGUUGUCAUCCUAAUGAGAACAACAGUGCUGUCAUCUAGAUGUGUGUGACCAGAUAAGUGCUGCUUCAGGGAGUCCCUGUAUGACUUCAGGCUCUUUAGCUUGGAAGGGACUCUACAGGCAUAUGAGCUGUUCAGAACAAUGAGUCCAAUUUUGGCUAAAUAAUACUCUUGUGUUUCAUUUCCAAGGACUGCAUAAAGGCAUGUACUGAGUGUCAGCUGAUAAUUGGUCAAAUAACAUUUGUUUAGCUGUGGUUAAAUUUCUGUGAUUAGUUUAUCAAUACCUUCAUGCAGGCUGGACCUCUGCUCUGGUACCGCUCAGUUUAAAUUGGAAGAACUCUUCCUUGCAAAGAGCUGUGCUGCUUCUCUGUGAGUAAAUAUUGUAGCAGAAUCUUCUUGAACCAUUUGAGUGGCAGAGCUCAUCUUACAUGUCUAUUUGUGCAUGUGCAUAGAAAUUUUUUAUGUUCCAAUCAAUUCUUCUGAAAUGCUUGUCUUUUUAUAUUUGUCUUUGUGUGCUAAAUCUUUGCUGUUAGAGGACAUUAUGCUAACAUUCAGGACCCUUCUGCUGAGAAAGCUGAAUGAAGA